AUGGGGGCCCUAGACGAGUCUACACCUGUUCCCUCCAGAAUAACCCUGCAGCUGAUGAAACAAAAAAAAAAAAGCGCAUUCCAAGGCUACUCCCUGUUGAAAAAAAAAAGUGACGCGCUCUUCAUUCACUUUAGAGAUGUACUCAAGGACAUUGUGAAGACAAAAACCAAAGUAGGCGAAGAAAUGAGGAACGCCUCCUUCUCAUUAGCCAAGGCAGUGUGGGCCGCCGGCGAUUUUAAGGGACAAAUUAUCGAAGGAAUAAAAAGACCCGUUGUAACCCUUUCCCUAUCUACCAAUAAUGUGGCCGGCGUGAAGCUCCCCAUUUUCCAAGUGCACAUAGAUCCCACCGUUGACGUUUUGGGAAACUUAGGAAUUGCUUCAGGAGGACAAGUCAUAAAUAAUACGCGAGAAAAUUAUUUGCAGUGUCUAAAUAUGCUAGUCAAAUUGGCAUCCAUGCAGGUGGCCUUUUUUUCGCUCGACGAAGAAAUCAAAAUGACCAACAGGAGGGUGAACGCCCUAAAUAACAUCGUGCUGCCCCGGCUGGAUGGAGGAAUCAAUUACAUUAUAAAAGAACUGGACGAAAUAGAAAGGGAGGAAUUCUACAGACUGAAAAAAAUAAAAGAAAAAAAAAUUGACAAGUUAAAAGACGCAAAUGUAGAACACAUACCUGAUGAGGAUAAUCACGAAAGUGCAAAAAGGCAUGACAAUUUUGCCACGUCACAGAAGGAUGACGACGUUAUAUUUUAAGCUUUUCAUUUUAACACACAGUUAGUAUAAUUUGUAUGGUUUACACAUAUGUCCCUUUAUAUAUGGUACGCUUAGCUUUGUUCGACAAGGCGAAACCCCCAACACGUUUGCGUGAAGAGGUAUGAGCCAACAGUUUGGCCAGGAAGGCGGAACCGGGGAGGUGAUUCCUUUUUUUUAUUUUGCCCUUUUGUGAACGCCAUUGAAAAGGAAGAGGUUUUUCAAAACGAGUCUCUCCUUUGAGCUUGGGCAUAAGUCUAAGUAUGGCACGGUCCGAGCUAUGAGGUGCACUCGGCGGAUUGCAGCAUGUACGUAAGAAUUUCACCCUGCUUCUCCCCCCCCAUCUGUACAUACGUUAUGUGUUGAUAAAUGCCGUAAUGUAGAAACCACCGAUGGGGCAGCUCAACGGAUAAGGAGCUCCUCUUUUGAUAACCCAUUUGUGUGC